AUGCUGAUGAUGGACUUCAAGGCAUCCAACACGGCCACCAUCGCCACCAUCGAUAAGGGCAGCGACCGUACGUUCGCGUCGGCCUUUUUCCACCCACCCGCAUCGCCCGCACACGUCGGCUGCUGUGUGUUAAACCGCGCACCGGCCAGGCCGCCGUCCGAAAUCUAUUUCGAAAGUCGUGGCAAAUGCUGCAAGAAGCUGCUCCGAUACAACGGCUACCCGAACAAGGUCCUGCUGUACCCGGAAGAAGGAUGGGCCCGGAGUGCAGCCUCCAGCUACUGGACGAUAGCGCCCUGCCGGUGGCGAAGGAAUCGAUGCAUCGUAGAGGAGGUGGCCGGCUCGAGGAAACAAUCCACACAAGGCCGCAUGAUCGUUGUUGGUGAUGGAGCUCUCCUAAUAGUCGGUACCUUCAAGCGGCGCGUCCCCGAUCCCGACUUCAAGCUCUAUCUGUCCUCCAACAUCAGUUUGGCCGACUAUAACAUGGGCUACUGUCUCACGGGGACACUGGAGCGGGGCUGCGAGCGGACGAACCAGUACCAAACCACCCACUUUGCCGUCAUACGGCGCUGCUGGCCUGCGAACGAGCACGACGGACAUCACGGCGGGGGCGGUGGGUUCGGUGUGGGUGGCGUCGGUGGGGGCGGCAGUGGUAGUAAGAAUAACAACAAAACACAGCACACCUACAUCGAUUUCCUCUUCAACCGAUGA